UUGAAUUCAUUUAUAGUAACACUUGAACCCUGUUUGCCUAGGAUGAGAAGUUAAUCAUUGAAUCACCUUGAAUGAUUAUGUCAGAAUUAGCAGGGUUUCGCUGCACAGCUGUGCAGAAAGUUAUGUGGUAUGUGAUGGAGAGUGCACAGCAAAACUAUCACUUAUCGGAACGACUUAUUAGAGCCAUCAGCAACUGGAGGACCUUCGCUGGUGCAAAUGAUGACGUGGAGCACCUGAUUGACCUUGGUGCCGAUGUGAAUGGAAUCCAUGGCACUUUGCUGCCCCUGCAUUGUGCAUGUAUGGUCAGUGACAGCAACUGUCUCCGACUCCUCCUUCAGAAAGGAGCUAGGGUAAAUGAAGUUGAUGGUUAUGGUCGUACAGCUCUCCACUAUGCUGCUGAGAGGGACAUCUUCUGUGUUGAGGUGCUGAUGCAGUAUGGCGACCUCAAUGCUGGGGAUGGUAACCAGGAUACUCCUUUACACUGGGCCGCCUACAAAAACAAUGUCGCCUGUGUCAAACUCUUAUUGCAAAAUGGUGCUGAUGUAGAUGGACGAGAUUAUAACGAAGACACUCCAUUAGCCUGGGCAGCAAGGAAGGGUCAUUUGGAAAUUAUAAAAAUUCUUCUAGAAUAUAAUGCCAACGUUGACAGGAAGAAUCUUAUGGGUGACACACCUCUUAUUCGAGCAGCAUCCAUCCAAGCAAGCGGUCUCAACACUGAUCUUGAUGAUGCAGUAUUGGAGUUGCUGAUUAAAGCAUCUGGUCAGUUUGACCUGCGCAAUAACAAAGGAGAGUUAAUCGGGAAUAUAGGUCAGGAUAAUAAGAUGACUGAACUGCUGCUUCCUCUGUGCAAAAAUACAAAGAAGCUCCAAGACCUCUGUCGUCAUUGUAUACGACGUUGCCUAGGUUACCACUACUUACCAAACAAAGUUCCUACACUUCCCUUGCCCCUUCAACUGCGUGAUUAUAUUUUACUUAGCCGUUGAUGAGACUGUAUUGGAUUUUACUGAUGAAUCAUUUGUAUGAUUGGGAUUGGUUUUACCAUGUUGAUCUAAAUUAUUACAUUGAUUUGAAUGUGGUCCACACAUUUUAAAAGAAUUGUACAUCAUGAUGACUGACAGUGUCGAUUGUAUAUUGGAUAGAGGAUGAUAUAUGAGAAGUCGCUCAAAACAAUAUAUGUUCAUCCAUUCACCAGUGUUUAUUUGUUGAUGGUGAUUUACUGACAGGCAAAAACAUUCUUAACAGAUUCAGAAAAUCUUCUUUUUUUUCCCCUUCAUCAUUUGGUUUUGAGAUUUAUGGUUGACUUUUUAAUGUAAGUGCUGGGAUAUUGGGGUAUUCUUAAGUCCACAGUAAGAAUGUAAGUGUUUUUACAACAUGGCCUUGCAAUAUUGAAAGGUGUACCUUCUGUAUGAUGAUCAUACACCACAACCAUGAGAGAUACGCUGAAAUUAUAUCUGACCUCCAUUUUAUUAAAAAUCAGAGUUCUGUUCAAUCUUGGCACUAAGACGAUUGUUAGUCUGUGUGAAAGAAUGGGUGCUACAACAGUCAUAGCCCUUAGUGCUUUUACACCUAAGACAAUUGUAAGUUUAUGUAAAAGAAUUCAAAUUAUGACAGGCUAAACCCUUUACACUAUUACUGUAAAUAGUGAAAACUUUAAAUUGAGGUGUUAAACUGAAAAUGAUUGAAUAAAAAAAGGUAACAUUUGAAUGGCUCAAGAACCCAUGCAUCUUUCAUUCAAAAAAUUGAGAGGAAGGUUGUUACAGGGCUCUCCUGAGAUAACCUUCUAUAAAAAUGUCCUCAGCUACUGCGGUAGAAAGGUAUCGUAUCAGACUAAAAUAUCAGAUAUUAAUGAGAUUGAUACUUGGUGUAAGCAGGCACUUUAUCACUUCUUAGUGUAAAGUCAUACUCAUUUCGAUACUGUACAGUGUUGGAUUUUAAAGAGAAGGAAACUGACAUUUUUUAAAUUGUUAACAUGGUUAAAGGGGAAAAUAAUAAUGUAUUAUUAACCAAUAUUUUAUUUAGUUUGUUUUGUAAAUGUAUAGUUUACAAUACAUUAUUGUUUCUAAGAAGUAACUAGUGUGCAAGUUCAUCUGUGAUGAUCUCUUUAUCUCAUUAUUUUGUUAUGGUAAAGGAUUCCAAUAUAUUAGGUUAGUUAAACCAUAAGCCAAGGGAGAACUUGCUGUAGCAACUUUAUUCCUAGUUAUAUGUACAUGUGCAUUAUUGUUAGUAUUGUACUAGGGUACCCUGGUACUCAGUGUGAUUGUGAUGUUUGUUGAGAGAAAAUCAGUUGAUUUCUUCAUGUGUGUAUGAAUUAAUUCUUCCUCUUAAAUCUCAUGUUUAGUAUCAAUGUGUUAAGUAUUUCUGAUGAUAACAUAAGGGACUGUUUAGUAAAAAGCUCAAAACUGAAUAUCAUAUGAUCUUGUGUUCAAAGUUAAUACAGUUGAAACCAUAGGUUAUGCAAGCAUCCAUUUUGCAAGUCAUGAAACUGUUGGUAAUGCUGUAUGAUGCCAUUACUUCUGUCUAUGGAAGGUUAACAUUCUC